AUGUCCGGGUCGAGUACAUGUAGAAAGGGAGAAGUAACAAAAGAAAGUAAGCGUGAACAUAACCAUCGGCCGGAUCGUUCGAAAAUUGAAGCAAAACAGGCUAUUGAAAAUAUGAAAAAAAUAGCAAAAGAAACAGAGCUGAGUUCACAAGUAGUUUUGAGUACUAUGUCGAAAGAGGUAACUGAAUCUGUCGCAAGUAAAUUACCUGGAAUUUCUUCAAUGAAAAAAACGAUUCAACGUAUUYGUCAAAAAGAAAUUAUGGCACCAGCAAAUCCUAGAACAUUAGAUGAGCUAGUAAUUCCUGCGGAGUACAAAACAACAAUUGAUGGUAAGCCAUUUUUGUUAUAUGACAGUAACGAUGAAAAAUCAGGAAAACCGCGAAUUUUAAUUUAUUCGACAGAAGAAAAUUUAAAUUUGAUGACUAAUUGUAACAAUUGGUAUGYAGAUGGUACAUUCUCUAGUGCGCCAUCUAUUUUUUACCRACUAUAUACCAUUCAUGGUAUACAAUACAGUAACGUUUUGCCAUUUUUAUUCGCUCUCCUUCCAAAUAAAACGGAAGAAAYUUAUGUCCGUUUAUUUGAAAUAAUUUUAAACUUAAAACUGGAACUUAAACCAACAACUUUUAUGCUUGAUUUCGAGGUUUCAACCAUAAAUGCAAUAAAAAAGGUGUUCCCAAAUACGUCAUUACAUGGAUGUUUUUUUCAUUAUUCGCAAGCUCUAUGGAGACAUAUUCAAGAUAGCGGAUUAGCUAUUAAAUAUCGUGAAGAAUCUAAUUUCGCAUUAAACAUUAAAAAGUUAAAUGCAUUAUCAUUUGUUCCUCCGCAUUUGGUAAUUAAUGCAUACGAAGCUAUUUUGGAAACUGAGUUUUAUAUUGAAAAUGAAACCUUAUUAUCAGAUUUUUUGGAUUAUUUUGAGAGUACGUGGAUUGGGAAAUUAUGUCGUAAUAAAAAACKCCGAAAUCCCAGAUUUCCAAUAGAGCUAUGGAAUUGUUACAAUCUCGUUAAAUAUGAUAUUCCUAAAACAAACAAUUCCGUAGAAGGGUGGCAUAAUUCAUUUAAUUCAACAUUAAAUGCACUCCAUCCUUCGAUAUGGAAGUUUAUCGAAGCGCUAAAAAAAGAAGAAAAACUGAAUCGUUUAAAAAUGCAUCAAUUUUUGGCUGGAACGGAACCAAGACAAAAACUUAAAAAAUAUAAAGACACAGCUUCUAGAGUUAAAGCAAUCUGUAAUGAUUUUKAAAACCGCAGUAUAAACGAUUUUUUAAAAGGUAUUGSUCAAAAUCUAUCAUAA